AUGGGUGGCUAUGAGAUUAAAAUAAGUAAUGCUCCUUACCAAGUGAACUAUGGUGAUGUUUGUGGAGGAGCUUUAAUUCAUAAAAAAUGGGCGGUUACGUCUGCACAUUGUGGCAUAGCCCACUACUACAUCAGGGUCAGAAGCAGCCACCGUCUAAAAGGUGCAAAGAUCAUCAUCAGCAAGCAUUUAAUACAUCCUGAGUACCAGCUCCGGCAUCAAUUUGAUUAUGACAUACAGCUUCUGGUACUCCUUCGACCUCUUCAUUAUACUAAACUGGUGUCGCCUAUAAAAAUGAGCAACCAUUUUGGAAAAUUUCUCACUGUGGCUGGCUGGGGGUUUCAAACGGAGAAGGGUGAGUACAUCGAAAAGCUGCAGCAAGUACAGAUCAAGAUGUUUCCUAUGAAGGAGUGCCAGGAGGUGAACAAUAAGUGGUACAACCAUACCCUGACUCCGAGGAUGUUCUGCGCUGGUGGAUGGGGCUAUGAUGCUUGUCAGGGUGACAGUGGUGGCGCAGCAGUCUCUAACGGCAGACUGAUUGGUCUCUCAUCUUUCGGCUUCGGCUGUGGAAGGAGUAUGCCUGGCGUCUACACGAACAUAUCUGAUAGGGGUAUCAGAGAAUGGAUUUAUGAAUAUACUGGUGUGUAG